CAAAGACAUCUCUUAUGAAAAGGGGAUGACUUGGACUAUCUUGGUAUAAACCACUUUUUGGCGCAUCCAGAUCAUAAAUCGAAGUUUCAAAUCAAUCAUACCUUCCCAUUACUCAUAAUGGUUGAUCUGUCAGAAUUUGUAGAAGAACCUUCAUCUUCUUCAUCAGCUGAUCGUCAUAGAUAUGAUGUAUUUUUAAGUUUCAACGGGUGUGACACUCGUGAUACUUUCAUCGAUCACUUGCAUAAGGCCCUAAUGGAUGCGGAUAUCACUACCUUCUUGGACGAUGAAAUGAUCAAAACAGAGGAAGAUCUGAAACCGGAAGUGAAGAGUGCAAUUAAAACCGGGAAAGUUCUAAACCUAGAACUGGAGCGUGCGAUUAAAGAAUCUAGGGCUUGUAUUAUAGUGUUGUCUAAGAAUUACGCUAAUUCGCCCCGGUGCCUUGAUGAAUUGAUGUUUAUCCUUGAGCAGCGUAUGUCAUCCAACAAAAUUGUUGUCCCCAUCUUCUAUCAUGUUGAUCCCACCCAUGUCAGGAAGCAAGAAAGUACCUUUGGACUUGCAAUGGCUGAGCACAGACGGAUGAUGGAGGCUGAGAUAGAUGCAAAUAAAAGAAGCGAAUUGGCUGAAAAGAUUGACCAAUGGAAGAAAUCCCUUACAGAAGUUGCUAAUUUAAAAGGGAGGGAUGUAAAUGGCAGGCGAGAGACGGAGUUUAUUGAAGAAAUUGUUAAUACAACAAGAAUCACCUAACAAGCCAUGGGAGCGAAGUCGAUUGUGGUGUCAUGAGGAGUCACUCAAGGUGUUGUUGCAAAAAAAGGGUACUGGAAAUGUGCUAGGUCUCAUCCUUGACAUAAAAAUGCUUAAGAAUAAAAAGUUACGAGAAGCAUUUGAGCUGAAAACAGAUACAUUGAAGGCUAAAGAAAUCAAUUGGAUCGUCCUCAAAAGACAAAGUGUUGCUUGGAUCAUUGAAGAUUCUUAA